CGAACACUUAAAUUCGUUCACUGGUGCUGUUCGUUUUACGAUUGAUAAACGGUGAACGUAAGGUGUCGUUGGGACAUUCGUUUCACAGUUCUGUGUUCCAGAAAUUUCUGUAGGCUAGUGGAUGCGAUUUUUCAUAAAAGAUCAUCUUGCUGCGUCUAGUUAAGGUUUCAUAUUACUUGAAUCUUGCAUUAUUGAUCGUAACUUUUUUCACAAAUAGUAUCCGAUCAACUGUUUUCCAAAAUGUCCUUGUUCGGAUCACUAAUGGGUGAUCUUGAUGAUGAUCCUAUUUUUGGGUCUCACAUGCAAUCCAUGAGACAUAUGAAUGACAUGAUGUAUUCCUUGUUCAAUGACCCAUUCGGAAUGAUGGGUCAUCCUUGUCACAAUGCCAUCACAGAUGGUAACCAUAGGAGCAGAAGUCGUCAAAAUGAACUUCAAAUGAUGCCUUUUGGAUUUCCACCAAUGCCAUCAUUUAAUAUGGGCAAUUUGUUUACAAACUUUGAUAAUAUGGCAUCGGGUGCAAAUUGUCAUUCUUACACUUCUAGAUCUGUAAUGACUAUGGCUAGUGGUCCUGAUGGUCUCCCACAGGUUUACCAAGCAACCAUGUCUACAACAACUGCACCUGGUGGCGUAAAAGAAACAAAGCAAACAGUUUGUGAUUCCCGUACUGGAGUGAAAAAAAUGGCUAUUGGUCAUCACAUUGGAGAAAGAGCACACAUUUUGGAAAGAGAGCAAAAUGUUCACAGUGGUGAACAAGAAGAACAUCAAGAAUUUAUUAAUCUUGAUGAAGAAGAGGCAGAGAGUUUCAAUAACGAAUGGGAAACACGUACGCGCCGGACUGUUGGCGCUAUAGGAAAUUCUCAUUAUGGUAAUCAUCAUGGUUCUAGAAACCGGCCUGAUCAUAGACAACUGGCUUUACCUGAUGCAUCAGGAAGUCGAUAUUCUAAUUCUUCGAGACGGACACCUUCUCUUAGACGUAGUUUAAAAUCGCCUACGUCUAGAACAUAUAGCCCAACUCAUACUUUAAGUUCAAAUUCAGCCGAUGAAAUAGAAUCUGCUAGUAUUAAAUCUACACCAGCAGCCUCUGCAAGUGUAGUAGGAAACCGAAAACGUAAACAUACACCGAGUACCAAAGAUUGCAAAAAAAGUCACAUUGUGUCGGAUAGUAAUGUUUAGAAUUUCUAUUAAAUUUCUUUUAUCUAUGUUUUAACUUUACUGCAGAACUUCGGUGAAGUUAAUCUCGUAUGAUACGGUUUCAUGUAAUUUCUGUAGUGAUUACCAAUAAUAGAGGGAUUACUGAUUUGCUCUGAUGAAUCUAGAAAGAGAAACAAUAGGUCCUGUAUAUUCUGUAAAUUAAAAUAAACUGAACGAAUUUUUUUAAUUUUUAACUUCCUUCUAAGAAAAGAAAGUAUUUUUAUUUAGGAUAUGAAAAAUAAACUUACCGAAGUUUUACUGCAGUUAUUUUCCAUUUUACAUAUAAACUAUUUCUUAGAAUCUCUGUGAAUGAAUAAAAUAUGUGUAGAGUCUACAAAGUUAUAUAUCGAAAUAUUUGAAAAGUAUGAGUGUAAGAAUAUUAUGGAGUAUUUAACUGUUUUGGAUGUCUCUACAGUUACAUUAUCACUAUAAAAAUUAAUUUGUUGUUGAAAAUUACUGUUGAGGUAUUAUCUUUUGGUUUUCUAAAUCGUGAAUGAUCAAUUUUCAGAUCUUGUUUAAAAAAUGUAUUUAUGAAUUUAUAAAUAUAUUUUAGAGUGCAUCCAAUAAUGAUAUAAAAACAAAGUAUUUUAAAGUAGUGUAUUUAUCAAUAAACGUACAAUUUAAUGUAAUAAGUUUUUUUCAUUAUGCUUUAUUUAAAUAAAGUCACAGAUUUAGUAUAAUUGAAACCCCGUUAUGCUAAAAAAAAAUAGAAGAGAGCAAAUUAUCCCUAAUACCACUACUUUCGUGUGUUUUUAUAUAAGCAAUAAACUAAUUUAAUUUUAUUUAAUAUCCCUGCAAUGAAAACAUUAUCAAGUUUACAGUAAAGUUCAAAAUCAUAUAAAAUGAAAUAUUUCGUAUUAAAUGGUAAUAAACUGGACUGAUGUCUUAAAAAAAUUAUCUCAAAAAAUUGUUUAAGUACCUUGUUAAUAUUUUCAUUCAACCACGUCACAACAGUGCGUAAAAUACGUAUAUAUUUUUAUUCAAUUUCAUUAAAAAAUAUCAUGCCCCCUAUAUAUCGUAACAAGAAUAAAAGUAAUUUUUAUAACAUAUAGCAAAGCAUUAAUAUGAAAAUCAAAAAAAGAAAGAAAAAGUA